GGUUUCGUCCACCCUUCUUCACGCGCUGCUCAUUUCAAAGUUCACGCAGCGAGCCUCCAGUUUCUCCCCGUGUCGCUGCAGCCCGGUCUACGUUUGUGGGAGUACCCCCUGCGCAGGUCCCUUUUGCAGUGCAGAUCCAGUAGUUGGAGUUGUACACCGAGCGCGAGAGGGAGAGGAAAGGAGUGUGAGCGCAGCAGCUGAGUGAGCAAACAGAGGUAGAGACAUUAGGUUAUCUUCGGAGACCAUCACACAUCGAUCUGUCACUUUUACCGCUUUGAGCAAAUUCUGUCUUCUUCGAGAAGUCAACAGCAGCAGCAGCAGCAGCGCCCUGGUCUGGUCUAUUCGAGCAGCCGCCUUUAAAAAAAAAAAAGAAAACUCCCAAACGCGGUGGUUUCAGCUGGCAUGAGCUAACCUACGAGUCAGACAUGGAAACCAAACCAUUCUUGUCAUUGGGGUUCUUGAAGCCCCAGUGCUCUCUAGCUCCUCCGAUGCAGCGAGGUCGCUCAGUUGACGCUUGUUCCUGUUUUAGCGGCGUGUGCCCCCUCCAUGACCGCCGUCUAUCCUCAGAUUCAUCAGGCCAGGUGACCUCUUCGCCCUUGGGAUCACCUACCUCCCACCGUGGAAUGCACCCAUCUCUACUCAGCCCAACGUCCAUGGGGCCCUCAGGCCCUCUCCACUCUCCCAUCAGCACGCUGAGCUCUCCAAUGAAUGGCCUGGCUUCACCCUUCUCUGUCAUCAGCUCACCCAUGGGCCCUCACUCCAUGAACUCGCCUGGCAUGGGCUACGGUCCUAGCGUUAGCCCCCAGAUGUUCCAGCUGAACUCUCCAAUGAACUCUGUCAGCAGUACGGAGGACAUAAAGCCCCCACUCGGCCUCAACGGCGUGAUGAAGGUGCCUGCCCAGCCCUCGAGCACAGCUCUGUCACUCACCAAACACAUCUGCGCCAUCUGCGGUGACCGCUCCUCAGGUAAACACUAUGGAGUCUACAGCUGCGAGGGCUGCAAGGGUUUCUUCAAAAGGACUGUCCGCAAAGACCUGACCUACACCUGUCGUGACAACAAAGACUGUGUCAUUGAUAAACGCCAGAGGAACCGCUGUCAAUACUGUCGCUACCAGAAGUGUUUAGCCAUGGGCAUGAAGAGAGAAGUUUUGUUACAUGCAGCCGUUCAGGAGGAGCGCCAGCGAGCCAAGGACAAAAAUGAGAACGAGGUGGAGUCUACCAGCUGCGCCAACGAGGACAUGCCCGUGGAGAAGAUCCUGGAAGCCGAGGAAGCAGUAGAACCUAAAACCGAGACCUACAUCGAGACCAACCUCGGUGUGCCAUCAAACUCGCCCAACGACCCAGUGACAAAUAUCUGUCAAGCAGCUGACAAACAACUUUUUACCCUGGUUGAGUGGGCCAAAAGAAUCCCCCACUUCUCUGAGCUGCCGCUGGACGACCAGGUCAUCCUUCUACGAGCAGGUUGGAACGAGCUCCUCAUUGCAUCAUUUUCGCACCGUUCGAUAGCGGUUAAAGACGGGAUUCUGCUGGCAACAGGGCUGCACGUUCACCGCAACAGCGCCCACAGUGCCGGAGUGGGAGCCAUCUUUGACAGAGUGCUGACAGAGCUGGUGUCAAAGAUGAGGGACAUGCAGAUGGAUAAGACAGAACUGGGGUGCCUUCGAGCUAUUGUCCUUUUCAACCCAGACUCUAAAGGUCUGUCCAACCCAGGCGAAGUAGAAGCUCUGAGAGAGAAAGUCUACGCGUCUUUAGAGGCCUACUGCAAACAGAAAUACCCCGAGCAGCCUGGCAGAUUUGCUAAGCUGUUGCUGCGAUUGCCUGCACUGCGCUCCAUCGGUCUUAAGUGUCUAGAGCACUUGUUCUUCUUCAAGCUCAUCGGUGACACGCCCAUUGACACCUUCCUUAUGGAGAUGCUAGAAGCCCCACAUCAAAUGACAUAAUAGCAGUGAGGGGUUGAACCCUCUUUACCUCCACCCCACCCCUACUCAAACCCUCCUCAUCAGCCUUGGAUCAAGAGGGGGGCCUUUUUCUUUUUUCUUUUUGUUUCUUUGUUUAAAAAUCUCCAGCAAGGGACAAAUCACAAGACAGCCUUGGAUGGAGAACCUCCCCCUUCCUCCCUCUUUUUCUCCUCCUCCGUCCCUUGUACCCCUCGCCUCGCUUAGAUGUUUUGAAACAAUGAAUCUGUCACGCCCAUGGGUCUGUUUUAUACCUUGUAAAAAAUAUAAAUAUGAAUAAGAAAUAUUAUAUAUGAAAACCACGCAGCAAGACGAGUGACAACAGUGGACUGAAAUGAGGACGGACAGAGGACAAAAGAAACAUAUUGAGCCAUUGUUUUCAUCAUCGCUUUUCCUACACCUUGACAAGAAAAAGCCGAGAUGAUCAGGUUUUAACACAUAAAGACAGAUUUGCUCUUGCAUAUACAUAUAUAUAUAUAUAUGUAUAUAUAUAUAUAUAUAUAUAUAUAUAUAUAUAUAUAUAACAGUGAUGAUGUCAUAAUUGGACACUCAACGUUGUGAUCGGGACAAUCGUGGGCUCUCGAGAGCCUUGGGCUGUUUAGACUUGGACCUGAGCCCUCACUGUCUUUCAGGACUGAACUUAAUUAAGAGGGGCGGGCUGGUUCGGGGAAAUAAGUCUGCUUAAAGGAACUUGUCUGUUCCUGCCUGACUCAACUAAGCACGUCAGGUCUUGCACUAGCUGUGUUUUUUUUUCAAUGUGUGAGCUUUCUGGAGAAUUCAGAGGUGGGUUAACAAGGUUGCAAGAGCUCAAAACCCUCAGGUCUCUGCCCAAUUCCAACAAAUACAACCAUGUCUUACUCUAAACACUGUGCAACACUGGGGAGGAUGUUGUGGUAGUUCACUUAUCAACCCUUCAGUUCGCGUAUUGCUCGACAGAGAGUUGGGAAAGUUUGUUAUGUACAAUCUACACACAGGACCAUUCAGGCUGUUUUAAAGUACCCAACUGUAAGCUUUACAGCGUCACUGGAUGCUCUGAAAGGCUACCAGCACACGGAGGAACAACAUACAUUUUGGAAAGUAAUUCAAACAUUUGGCCUUCAUCACGACAAGCUUGGACGCCUGGAAAGUUUGUGCGCACUCACACUGUGGGGAAAACGUCCUAGUUUUGCCAGCCUCUUAGCUCCUUAUCGUCCAUUCUCCACCCUCUCCACCUCGCGUUUCAUGUGAAUUCCAGCACACCAUUUACACCUCCACACUCUGCUCAGCACAGCGGGUAUUAGCUUUUCAAAACACCUCAUAUCUACCUGUACAGAAACAGUAUUGACGUUAUUUUCAGUUUUCACUUUUAACGACAGCAAUGCACAAUUUACCUCUGCCUCCAUCCUUCGGACCUUCGGUUCUUGACACCCAUUUAGGAUUAGACCAUAUACAGUAUGUGAGAGAUGUACUUGUUGCUGUUGCAGCAGGAGCCAUUAUUUGUUUGUUUGUUUGUUACUUGGCACUUAACCUCAUGACCGUGGAGUCGGGUUUCUAAACAGAGAGCUGAUGUCGAUGUAAUUGACCUCUGAGGUGGACUCUGGCCCCGACCCAAUCAGGAACGCCACAAUUGUUUAACACCUCAGAGGAACACACACAUACACACACAUACACACACACACACACACACAAACACACACACUCGCUCUCUCUGCACUUCUCUGGACAACCAAGUGUCAUAUAAGUUGAACUGAAAUGUUAAAUAUCCAUGUUUCCACAUAUAUACAUGUUGUGUAUAAAUAUGCUUUAUGCCCAUAUUCUGCUUUUCCCCCCUCCUCUGCUUUUCUGUAAAUGCUGCAGCUGCUGCAAAACUAUGCAUCAAUUGCAUUUCCAAAGAUUGUCCACAGAUCUGAGAUCUUUUAAAGAAAGUGUGUUUGUCAAAUGUGGGUCCACUGCAAGAUUUUUACUGACAGGAGAAAAUAAUACCAAGGGGGGUUUUUUGUUUUUUUUUUAAGAUAUUUAGAGGUUAUUCAGCUCUGGUUUACUCAACUUUGAUUGAAAUUAACUCGAACUUGUAUUUAACCAGGCAAGUUAUUAAGAGAAAACUGCUCUACAGCGGUGGCCUGGCAAAAGGCAAAGCCUCUCAAGUAAAUGUGGCCAUUAUAGUAAGGGCUAAAACAAAUUCUGACAUGGUAACCCUCGAUGACAAAAAUCUGCCCAGAAACAGAAGGACAUAUAAACACCAGCGAAAGUACUCAAACCUAAACUUUGUGGUAGGUCACACUACAGCAGGUGUUACCAGGAUUUCAAACAAACUCACCAAGUGUAAAAAACCAAAUUUAAAAAAACCCACCAGCUUUGCUACUGCAGAUAAUAAUAAUAAUACUUACGAUGGUUAAAAAGAUUUAAAUAGGAUUUUCUUUCUAUACCUGCAUCUUUCCUACUCUUUCAUAAGCACAUUUACACUAUCUGAACCUGGGAAACGAAAGAAAAAAAAGAAACCCGAGCACUGUGUUUUCAUUACAUUUUGAUAAAAGUCAGAUUUUUAAUGGGGUCUGAGGAAAUGUAUGGAGUCUUGAGAGUGUGCCCUUUGAAAAUAAUUUGCUUGAUAGUAAUGGAUAAAUGAAAAUCUGAAUUGCACUGAAAAUGUAAGUAAAUUAAGUGUAUGAAAUAAAAGAAUUUUUUUUAAUGCAGUCUUGAUCCACGCUUAAAUUGAUAAAACAUUUUUUUUAAUCAGCUGGUGUUUCAUGUAUAUUUCAUCAUAUCCUGUCUCGCAAUUGGUUUAUGAAAAAUGAAACUCGUGGGAAGCAAUGGGAGCUUAGUUUAGCUGUCAGCUACUGAUGUUGAGUUUAUUAGCACAUUAAUCAAUUAUAAUCAAGUUUGAGGGUCAUCAAGACUCCAUAGAUUUCUGACUCAGAAAAAAAACAACAACAAACCCUUCUGUAAAAUGACCGUAUGUCAGUUUUUCGUCAUUAUUUGGUGCUAGUUUUAUAAUAAAUAGCACGCGCUGGGAGAGAACUUGUAAAUGUCAUUCCACCUCUGUGAAACUGAUCCCCCAGAUGGCCAAUGAUCUCUUUUGUCUUACGAUGAAAAAAAUCAAAAAGUCAGUUCAUACACGCCGGCUCUGAAAUGUCAGAUGCUAUACACCUCAAGCAGGACUGCAAGGUUUACUUUGGGUGAGGGAGAAGUUUGGGUAAGAGGAAAGGGAGGGAUGUAGUGGCAGUUUAAGAGCUGCGAGCUCCCUCUAGUGGAAGAGAAAGAGCACUGCAACAUAACUUGAAUUUUUGUUGUCGCUGUUGUUGUUGUUUUUGUUGUUAACAAAAAGAAGGCACUUUCUAACCGCAUUACUAUCAUCAAUAUUCCUUUGGCUCAGACAAAACCUCAGUAUCUGUGCUUAUUAAAACUGAGUAAAGUAGCAAUAACGUCAAAAAGAUCUAUUGGCUUUGUGUUUGAUUCUUAUUCUCCAUUUUCAUUGAGGUGGCCUGAAUAUUACAACCUAUCCAUGUGACAGUAUUGACUGCCAGCUUGAGCUUACAGUAUUUAUACUAUUGAAAAAAAAAAAUAUAUAUCUAUAUAUACAUACUUGUUUGUCUGUUAAAUCAAAAACGUUCAUACAUUUUCAAGGGAAACUAUUUUUAGAGGCUGAUUUUGAUCAAGAAAAGCAGAUGAUAAAACAAUCAAAUGCUCGUUUUCCAACCGGGUGACCCAAGUGUUAAAACAAUUAUUCCCCUGUUCUUUUGAGUCCGAUGUCUCCUUCUAUUGUGAUUAGUGACAGCAGCUUUCUUAAGCCAUAAAUUGAUCUUGACAAGAACGAAAUGGUCACCUGCAAAGAAUGAUUACCUUCAUUGAAUGCUAUAUUUUGUUAAUAUGUAUAUGUGUAUAUAUUUAUAAAUAUAUAUAUCGACAGCUCUAUUCCUUAAGGAUUUCCAACAUUGAAAGGAGGAGACGAGUGAUUCAGACCAAACGGUUUCACAGCAGGUGUUUUAUGGUGUUCGUUCCCCCCCUGAGGAUUUGUUUGCAUUUUGACCUUAAUAAAAAAAAUCCUGAUCAACCAGCAGAAUUGCAGCAGUUUGAAACUCAAACCAGCUUCUCAGCAGUUUAUGGGACCUUAGUAAACUAUGAAAGAGAGGGGAAAAAAUGGUUAAGAUUUGAAACCCUCUGAAAUGUAUGUGUUGCUUAGCAAUUGUAUGUUCAAAAAGAAAAAAAAGUAACCAGGAAAAGCUGAACAUGUGACACAAUCACUGCUUUCUUUGUGGCAUAAACAGUAAAAUGUAGUUAAAAAAAGAAAAAAAGAAAAACACUUGGAAAAAGCUCUAUUUUUGUACAAAGGUAAUUUUAUCCCUUGCUUAUGUACUCUGUUCUUUCCCUUCUCACUGUGGGCUGUUAUGUACAUUGUGGAAAAGCUUAUUUGACAGCAAGAGAAAAUUUUCAGAUUGAAAAUGUAAGACAGGAGUAAUAGUAAGCUUUGGCACUUUGGUAACUGUGUCGCUUUUACUUUGCCAUUUUUCAACCUGUUGCUGCAAGAUGGGAGUAUCUUCUUUCAUUAUAUUUUGUCUAUUUUUAAGAAAAUGGAAUUUUGUCAUCUGUUCUUUGUGGGUUGUUCUCUGAUGUUCUUCGUUCAUGGACAGGAAAAAAAAAAAGUUAUUAAAAAAUUUUAAGUGAG